AUGUGUGCAAAAUCGAAGACAAACACGCUUUUGGACAAGAGCCCUGAAGCUUUCCCGGAGGCGCGUGGCGACGAAGUCUUGGCGUUCCAGCUUCAGAAGCUUGUGGCCGGCACGAGCCACCUGCAGGUCCACGCCCAAGCCUCCCUCAAAUUUCUCCUCCGCAAGAAGCUGCGGCAAUCCCGGGGUGAGAAUGAGAAGACACCGUCCACUCCUACUCCGUUGCCCCUGCCAAAAGAGUUGCAGGAGCCAAAGGACGAAGUCAACGAUCUGGAGCACGAGACCCAUUCUUUCAAUCGGCAGAUUUCCGCACCUGCCGCCGUCAACAAAGAACUGAGUUUAAAGGAAGCUCUGAAGAAGUCCGAUGAGAAGAAGAAGAAGGGCGUGCAGGAUUAUUCGCCUGCCUCAGAUGUGCCCAAGAUGCGGCGCGAAGCGAAAAGCACCGUACUCUUCCCACAUGCGAGCACGUAUCCAGGAUGUGGACGUCAGCUGCCAGCUUAUUGGCCGGAAUAUGUGCUGGACUUGUUCCAGAAUGUCCGUCGCGAACAGAUGCCCCCCGUGUCCCCAGCGGAAUGCGGCUUCAGGCUGCUUUGUGGCUCCCACCAGAUGCCGCACCCACAGAAGGCGUCCUCUGGCGGGGAAGACAGCUACUUCUUGUGUGCGAACGGCAGCGCUGCAGGUGUGGCCGACGGUGUUGGAGAGUGGCAGUGGCGUUUUGGUCUCGACCCAAGAGCUUUUGCAGAUGAGCUCAUGCAGGGUGCCCGCACCACCGGAGAACAGACGCAGUUCCAGGCAGGCCUGGAAGCCGAAUCUCGAGCUAAGCUGAUGCUCUCUGAGGGCUACAAGACCACGCGUUCCUUCGGCUCCGCCACGGCCCUCGUGGCGGCCUUGGAUCCGACCGGCCAGCCGAAGCUGGGCGUGGCGAACCUUGGCGAUUCCGGGCUGAGGGUGCUGCGCUGGAAGUCUCCCAGCGAGUGCACCGACCAAAGCCCUGGCGUUUUCGUGGCCCAUCGCACCUGCGAGCAGCAACAUGCCUUCAACUGCCCCUAUCAGUUGGCUCGUCUCCCAGAGCCGAAGGACUACGCGGAUCUGCGGGCACAGGGAUUGAAUUCCCUGGUGAAGGCUGUCGAGAAGUCUGGAUCUGCGAAGCAGGACACGCCAUGCGAUGCGGACACUUACACCUUUGAGGUACAGGAGGGAGACGUGCUGCUGCUUGGUACCGAUGGCGUUUUUGACAAUCUUCACGACCACGAGGUGUGCGAGUUGGCGCAGGCUCCAUUGGAGGCCGCAUUUCGCAACAGAGAGAAAGCUACGGCUUGGUCGAUCGAUCCAGCCAGGCUGGCCCAUGCCUUUGCCGAAGCCGCACGGGCGCGUUCGCAGGACAGCUCGGCGAAGACCCCAUUCGGCCACUGCGCGCGCAGUGCCGGGCUCCAGCACAUGGGCGGCAAGAUGGAUGACAUCACCGUCGUGGUUGGGAUGGUCGUGAAAGUCUGA